UGACAACAGGAGCAGUAGACAUUCAUUCUCUGUGAAUACCAAACUAACAGACUGUGUAUUGAGUAAGAGUACAUCAUUCCCCCUUGAAGAAUUUAACUAAGAGUGAAAGAUGCAGUUCAUGCUGCUGUUCAGUAGGCAGGGGAAGCUGCGUCUCCAGAAGUGGUAUGUUCCUCUGUCUGAUAAGGAGAAGAAGAAGAUUACCAGAGAGCUGGUCCAGACGGUUCUGGCCAGGAAACCAAAGAUGUGUUCAUUUCUGGAGUGGAGAGACCUCAAGGUUGUUUACAAGAGGUAUGCCAGCCUGUAUUUCUGCUGUGCCAUAGAGAACCAGGACAACGAGCUGAUCACACUAGAGAUCAUCCACAGAUAUGUGGAACUACUGGAUAAGUACUUUGGCAGUGUGUGUGAGCUGGACAUCAUAUUUAACUUUGAGAAGGCCUACUUCAUCCUGGAUGAGUUCUUGCUGGGAGGAGAGGCCCAGGACACGUCUAAGAAGAAUGUACUGAAGGCUAUAGAACAAGCUGACCUACUGCAGGAGCCCCGUCAUGAGUACUUUAAUGUGCCUGUGUACUAAACGUCCACUCCUGCUGUCCUGUCCACUCUGCAUGCGGAGCCCCUCCCACUCAACAUGUGGCCCCUCCCCCCCAGCACAUGGUCCCUCCAGCACCUGGCUCCUCAUCCUCAGCCCCAUAAGAACCAUAAAGCGCCAUGCUUUACCAACGGAUCCACACAGGACCACAGCUACAUCGUCAAAGGUCAUAGGUCAUUGGUCCACACUUUCAGUUUAUCACAUACUUCCAUCAGCUGUUUCCACUGUUUGUUGUCUAUCUGAAGAGGCCAUGGUUUACUGUGUAUAAUACAACGGGUGGGUCUAAUCCUGAAUGCUGAUUGCUUAAAACUGCAUUCCAGCCGGUGUCUAUUCCACAAGUGACUACCGGCAAAAUCUAUGCCGUUAAAAUGCCUAUUAACUCUGUUCCAUCUGACUGCACAAUGCACUGUCUCAUCAGCCCAGCCAGGCAAUUUAUAAACUUGAUCUCCCCUAUAAAAAGCAUCUAGA